UGUAGUAUCUGUCGGCCGGAUAGGAGCGGAGGGUCCUCACUGACACGGAGUCGGAGACAUGGGCGCUGUGUGAUUAUUUCUUCUUUCAUGCAAACACCUCUGCCGGAUUUCACUUUGCAGCAACACUGGUGUCUGACUGGACUUCUUCUACGGUUUUUCUCAUGUGUGGCUGAGAGAGUGUCUCCACAGUCGAGCAUGCUUUUAUCUCCGUCUUUGUUUGAUAUGAGACGGGAUUAAGAUCUCCGGGGCCCGCUUCAGUAACGGGAGGCUAAUUUAGGCUGUCGUCGAACUUUUUUUUGUAUCUGGGCAGGGAUGUCUUCGGCCCGGGUGGAUUACAUUGCGCCCUGGUGGACUUACUGGCUUCACAAUUUCCCUCAUAUCAACCUGAGGUUUCAGCCCAUUGACAACAGCUUCCAGCCCGAAGAGGAGAACUACCAGCAGUCUCUCAUAUUCCUGGCCUGCGUGGCGGCUGCGGGGCUCGGCCUCAACCUGCUGUGUCUCGCCAUCUACCUGAGCUGUUUGUGCUGCUGCCACAAAGACGAAGAGGAGGAGAGCAAGAAGCCCAACUCCUGCUGCGUCACCUGGUCCGCUGUCACCGCCGGCCUCAUCACAUGCAUCGCCGUUGGUGUGGGUUUCUAUGGCAACAGUGAGACCAAUGACGGCGUGUACCAGUUGACUUACUCCCUGUACAAUGCCAAUCACACGCUGGGCGGUGUGGACAGUCUGGUGACUGGCACGAUGGGCAACAUGAAGAGCGGCCUGCACCAGCACCUCGCCAGGCUGGACGAGAUCUUCGCCACGCGGGGUGACUACGUGCAGACCCUGCAGUUCAUGCAGCAGAUGGUGGACAACGUGAUCAAACAGCUGCUGGGCCUGCCUGACUGGGAGGAGGCUAAAGUGGACCUUGCAUCCAUCGCUGAUCAAACAGCAAGAGUGGAGUACUACAGGUGGCUCACCUACCUGCUGAUCCUCAUCCUGGACCUGAUCAUCUGCCUGCUGGCCUGUCUGGGCCUGGCCAAGCAGUCUCGCUGGCUGCUUACCACGAUGAUGGUGUUUGGAGUGCUGACGCUUGUCCUGAGCUGGACCUCUCUGGGAGCUGACCUGGCCACUGCUGUGGGCACAAGUGAUUUCUGCGUGUCCCCUGACAAGUUCCUCCUGAGCCAGACGAAGGGAGUCAUCGGCACUGAUAUUGUUCAUUAUUACCUUUACUGCAACCAGACCCUCUCCAACCCCUUCCAGCAGCCUCUGACCAUCUUCCAGAGGUCCCUGACCACCAUGCAGAUCCAGAUCCAGGGUCUUCUGCAGUUUGCUGUGCCUCUGUUCCCUACAGCUGAGAGAGACCUGCUGGGUAUUCAGCAUGUGCUCAACUCCUCGGAGGCCAGUCUGCACCAGCUGACCGCCCUGCUGGACUGCAGGGGGCUUAACAAGGACUACCUGGAUGCGAUGGUGGGGGUGUGCUACGACGGGGUGGAGGGUGUACUCUACCUCUGCCUCUUCUCCUCCCUGGCAUCCUGUGCCUUCACCGUCAUGCUGUGUGCCAUUCCCAGGGCAUGGAGACAAAUUGCCUGCAGGGAACGAGAUUAUGACGACAUCGAUGAGGAGGAUCCCUUCAACCCGCGGGCCCGGAGGAUAGUGGCUCAGAACCCCAACCUCACCAACAUGCACAGCUUCUGCAGCUACAGCAGCAGCAUGGGCAGUCAGACCAGCAUCCACCCCCCCGCCCCCACCGUCUCCAACGCACCCAUGUCCGAGAACAUGAAUCAAGCGGCUCUGUUCGGGGGGAAUCCACGGUACGAGAACGUUCCUCUGAUAGGACGAGGCUCUCCACCCCCCUCGUACUCCCCGAGUAUGCGGGCCACCUAUCUGUCCAUGACCGAGGAACAGAUAAGACACUUUGGGAACGACUUCCAAGCAUAGACUCCUUUAUCUGACGGAGGAAGGAAACGGCAUCACACAUGCUCAACAGACAGAAAGUGUGUGUGGCUUCUCCACGCAUCACAGGGGACAGUGUGUAACAUCUCAUUGUUCCAGGACUCCAAGCUUUGAAGUCUCAGGACAAUGCAACCAUCGCGGUACUCUUCUCUGCGCUCAUAAACGAUUCAUCGCACUUGUCCUCCCCAAGGCAUAUUUUGGGGAACUUGCUAAAUAUGUCUGACCCUGCUGCUGGACUUAACCUGCUCUUAAUAUGUUAUGUUCUUCAUCCUUCAUCAUCUAUUAGUAAAGCAUUGAGGGAACAUGUGUCAUUAUGUACCAGGUAAAACAACUACUAAUCAUGACUUUGAUGAAAUGUGGAUAGAAGCAAUGUUGAGGAUUAACUUCUCAUUGCAGUAAAGCAACCUGCUCACAAUAAAGAAAUACAAAAAAAACUAUAUUUACAGUACAAAACUUAGAAUCAGGUCUCCAAAGAGAAAAAAAUGUGAACAUGACAGCUGAUGUAUUAUUUUCUAUGUAUCAUGCUUGAUAUUUGUGAAGCACAAACCCAGCACUGGCAGCACACAGCAGGAGGUAUGUCGAGAUAUAAUUUAUUUACAUUUACACACAGAUACGUCUGCAAUAUGAAGCUUUAUGUUUUCUAUAUCUUCUGCAGACGAGACUGCCUUGAAAACACGGCUUCUGUACAUACGUUGUACAAUAACAGAACGUUUUCUCAUAUCCAAUGUGUUUUGUUUUGAUUUUGUUCAAACAACGUGCCAACUUUUAUAUAUUUUUGCUAGCUUCGUGUGGCAUUGUCACAUAGGAUCACUAUUUUUUUGUACUUUCUAAAGGGCCAUUCAUUCAUGUUCUCUACAUACAGUAUGUAAUCCAGCUAAUACAAUCAAGUUGUAGUUUCUGUCAGAACUGUGCUGCUCUAACCAUGAUAAAUAAGAAUAUUCAGGUAAUUCUAUUUCAUUAAUUCCAACCAUCCAAACAUCACAUGUUUGAUUUGACUAACCAUGAUUUUCCGUAGGGAUUUAAUACAUGCAGUUUUGUUUAAUAUUAUUUUGGUAAUUGUGAUUUCUUCUAGCAUGUUACAUUGUACAGGCACUGAGAAUGGUGCUUAAUUUUACGUGUGACCCCCCAACUACGGGGUCUAACUGUGAGUUGAAUAAAUCAGUUUUGAGUACAA